AGCUGCUUCCGGUUAGUACUCCAAAUCAGCGCGUGUACUUAAAUACUAUUCUCCGUUAUUUGUUUGGAUUUUUUCUGAGAAAGGCUGUCACCGACGAGCUUUCUGCACCAACAACAUAAGACCAAGCAAUCAAAAAAUGAUAUUCCGGUUACUUUUGCUAAUCAGCAGCACAACUCCGUUAGAGAUACUUAGCUAACAGUUGGCUAGCUCACCAGAUGUUGUGCAGCAUGGCAGUUUGAUUCAUUUCAACAGGUGAUAGCUACACGGAAAGUCUGUCUCUAGAGGCGCCUCAGCGGCAACUGUCCUGAAGAUAGCUGAAGUCUCAUAUUUUGCUGUUAGGUUAACUGUAAUGUCUGCUUAACUCGCCAGCCGUUAACGUCAGUUUGUGCGUUAGCUAAAGUUUGUCACUCGUAUGUCAUGCUCCUUGGCCGCGUCCUGUUGAGCCUCAGGUCGACGUGUUCAGAAAGUGUUUGUCUACAGAGGAUUUUUGCUGCCAAUGAACUGUCCGGACUAUCAGUCCGCAAACUGCAUCACAUAUCCACCAGUCACUGUCAAAAAGUCAACACGAUUAAGCCAUCUGCACACCGGUCCGGACUUAAAGCCCUACCACAGAGCUAUCUGUAUCAGCUAGCAGUGUGUGAUAUGCAGCCAGCCAGUAUCUCCUAUGGCAAAGAGACAACUGCGGUUUCCUCAGAUGGUGAUGAGGACGAGGGAGGUGAUGGUGGUGAAGGUGUGGUUGGAGAGGAGAGUGGGACAGAAGAAUUGAAGAUAAUGAUGAGCCCAGGCCAGGUGGAUGUAGUCAGCAUGGAAGUCCAGCAAGGUGCUGCUGACACUGGAGCCUCCACUGUGUCUACUUCUACAGGACCAAAUGAGAAGAAGACAAAGAGGAAGAUGAGGAGGGAGAGGAAGAAGCUGAUGAAGAAAAAGCUCCAGCCGGCCGAUACUCAGGACAAUUUCAUGUCCGAGCUUCCAUUUGCUCUGACCAGCCCCACCGCAUGGAAGGAGCUAGGAUUCUCCAACACAGAAUCAACCCAGAAGAAGAGAAAGAGGAAGAGAGGAGACAGUGGAGGGCGAGUGGACAGUGAGGAGGAUGGAGACAAGAAGAAAAAAAAGAAAGAGAGCAAACGACCCAACUACUUUGUCUCCAUCCCCAUUACUAACACAGAGAUAAGCUCAGCUGUGACUGAGGUCCAAGAGGCAGUGCUUCAGCAGGAGCCCCUAUUGGCCAAAGCCAUGAUCCCCGUCCCAACUCUCCACAUCACGCUGUUGGUCACCCAUCUCGCUAAUCAGGAGCAAAUAGACCUAGCGGCGGCCGUGCUGACCCAGGUUGAGCCGUCAUUGGCUGAGCUGCUGGGUGGGCGUGAUCUGGUGCUGCCCUUCUCAGGCAUCGGUCAUUUCAGGAAGGAGGUGGUGUUUGUUGGGCUGGCCCCCGGACAGCACAGACACACACUGGAUAGCCUCGCAGAGUUGUUGCGGAGCCGUUUCGAGGAGCAGGGUCUUCUGCAAGGAGACAGCCGUGGGUUUGAACCCCACCUCACCAUUAUGAAGCUGUCCAGAGCAUCAAAACUACGAUCUCAGGGUAUAAAGCGCGUGGACCCAGCCCUUUACUCCAGCUAUACUAACAAAUUUUUCGGAGACCAGACGGUGGAGCGGGUGGAUCUUUGUUCCAUGUUGAAGAAGAAGCAACAAGACGGAUACUACCACACCGAGACUUCACUACAACUUGGUUAGUGCACACACAAACAGGGCCAUAUUGUGUGUGUGGGUGUGUGUAUUGUGUCCUCCUAUCAGGUGCAAUUUUGAGCCACUAGAGGGAGCUGUCUGCUCAGGGGGAUGGAUAAUGAGUUUCUCUGUGGCAGAGGGGAAGAAACUAGCUUGCAGCAGCUUAUUUUUGGGGUAAUAUGCUUUUAUUUGUUUGUUUUAUUUUUAAUCUCUGUCAGUGAACUGGAAGGGAAAUCACGUAUUCACCCCAUUCUGUUUGUGUCUGUCACUCAUUAGGAUGUCUGAAACUUGUGUGUGAUGUGGAUUUACAAAUGAUUUUCAAAAGGUUGUUCACGUUACAAAGAUUGAUAUACAUGGUAUUUUUCACACCAUUUUAAAAAAGAAGAUUGGAGUGCUGGUUUUAUGACCAGGGGCUCAUAUUUUUAGCAGGUUUAUGUAACACCAUCAAACUUCAUGUGUUUAGCUGAAGCUAAAAGAGAGGCAAGCAGGGCUAAUCAAACACAGUGGGGAUACUGGAGAGCUCAUUUCCAUUUUAGACAUGACAGACCAGUUCUUUCAAAAUUUGCCACUGUGGUGAAAAAGCAGCUUUAAUGGCUACUGAAUGAAUGAAGUGCUGAUCGGCAUUAAGAUGUUGGGUUCAAAUGUUUAACAGCUGAUGUAAGUGAAACAUGUAUACAUAUCUUUAAGUGUACAUUUCCUGAGGUGUAGUAGUGAAGUAUAUGGUGAAGAUAGUUCACUUUUUGUCACAAUUUGAUAUGGACCUAGUAGAUUUAUUCAGACUUUAUUCCGACUGUGUUGGCAGAAGUACACACAGUCUUUUUGUCUUGUAGUUUUUAGAUGAAGAGAGGAAGUGCUCAGUAUGAUUGGACCUCAUCCAUUGUGUUUUAAUAUGUGGCACAGAUUAGAUCAGGAUGUUCCAGAAUUAAAUCAGCAAAUUUCUGUAUUGUGUCUUUUGUGUUGCCUUGUUAUUGAGUUUGUAAAGUACCUGUAAAAUACCAGUAUGUUACUAUUUGGACCUGGAGAUGGUGCUGUUGACCACUGUGAGAACUGGGAUGUAGCCAGACAGGCAGUACCUUGGUGCUCUUAGUGUCUAGCUAAUGCUGGGGCCUUGUAACAGCAUGCAAGGAGCUGGCAGGGAAUUUUAUCUUUGAAAAGAAAACAAACCAGUGGAUGACUAUUUUAAGAAUGUAUUGCUUGUAUCCACAGAUAAAACCACUUUUCAUAAUCACAUUUUGAGCAGCCACUUUUUGUUUAGCAGCAUCUGAUCCAGUUUUGCCACAGCAGAAAAAAAAUCCCUCACACAGAUUUGAGAUGCAACAAGUGUGGAGCUUUGUGACUGAGCCAAGAUUGAUUGGUGGUGAUAAUGGCAGAUUCAUUGUCUCCUGUUUCCUAAUGGCAGGUGUCCCAAAGAGAUUAAAAAUCAUUGUUAGCUAUGUAUUUUAAUCAAACUGUCAAAGGCAUAAAAAACAAAGGUAAAAUUCUGACGGUAAUAAGGAUGUGCUAUGGAUUUCAAAGGCUGUGCAGUAGCAGAAUAUAGUAAAAUGUAAUGAUCUUUGCUCCCAGUAAAACACCCUAUUACUCCUGAAAUUUCUUAGCAUUAAUGUAACAUGGUGCAGAUAGAUUGGAGGCAAAAGUAGCAGCUUUUUCACAGUCUGUUUCUUCUCGUAAAAAUGUUAGAAAACAGGAGCCGUGCCAUCUAUUUCCAGUUGAAUUUAAUGACUGUAUCUGUUUUAACUAACUAGCAUGGUCUGUGGUUAUAUUGAAACCAGCUGUAUGAUGAUCUGCAGCUGAAGCCAAAAAUAAGCUUCAUACAUCACCAUUAUAGCUUAAAAUUGGCUUAAUAUUCUGUAACAGGAGUAUCAACAUGCAGAAGAUUUUGUUUUAAAGCAGUAAUGUCAAAAGGAAAACGAAAUCAUGCAGAAUGUACCAUUUUAAAAUCAUUGUCAGGAAAAACAUGUUAAUUUGUCUUUCAGGGUCACCAAUAGCCACAUAAAUAUACAUGAAUAAAUGAUUACAUUGUCA